AAUCUUUGCUAUAUUUUUAUUAUUGUGCUUUGAAGAAAUCAUGGAAGGAUCAUCAAGCUCUAACAUAAUGGAUAAUCAAAGGUUGCCACAACAUGAAAAUGUGACUAAUGUCUCUUUGCCUGCUGCUGAAUAUGAAGUCCCAAAUCCUCAUGAAGAUGAUCUAAUUCUAGAUCGUGAGACUAGAAUACGUUUACAAAAUCGAGGAUACUCCAAAACCUAUCGGAAGAGAAAGAAUUGUCUCAUCGAAAAUCUGGAAGAAAAACAAAAUAUACUAGCUGAUAUAAUAGGUAAAGAAAUUUCAAUAACUAAGGUUUACACAAACUUUAAUUCUGUUCAUAAGUCUGAAGUUAACACUAUGGAAGAAACAUUAUCUCAAGUCAAUUUAAAUGGGGAGGUUCUAAAUGUUGAGAUGGAUACAAUAACCAAUAAAUUGGAGCAGAUGAAAUUAUCCAAGAAGGCAACUGAAGUAGAGUUCAUCAGGAAGAAGAAUGGAGGCAAAUGAAAUGCAUCUUAAUGUAGCAGUUUGUAUAUAAAUAUUAUGAUAUAAAUAUAAAUAAGGAUUCAGAUAUUAUGUAAAUUAUUAAAUAAUAUAAUAAAAGUCUCUGUCAUUAUGAAUAUUUAUAGAUUCAUAUGGAAAUAUGAGAUAAUAAAUUUAUAACCUUCAUAAAUGAUCUUGAUUCGUGAAAUAACUUAAAAGUAAAAUCAUUGACAACAGUUAUUCCAUAAAGAUACUUUUGUUAAAGUA